AGUAGCGUCGAUUUUCUGGUGAGCUGUUAACUGAGAGUCCUUUUUCGUUCUUCUGUCCUCGUGCUUAGUCACUUUAGCCUCUUACGAGUCACAUUUUAUAAUUUGCCUACUUUAUUGCGUUGAUAAUUAACAAAAGGAAGCAAAAUGUCGAAAGCACCUGCAGUUGGUAUUGAUUUGGGAACUACGUACUCUUGUGUCGGAGUUUUUCAACACGGAAAAGUUGAAAUAAUUGCCAAUGACCAAGGAAACCGAACUACCCCUAGUUAUGUCGCAUUUACCGACACUGAACGGCUUAUUGGUGAUGCUGCCAAAAACCAGGUCGCCAUGAAUCCUAACAACACCAUUUUUGACGCCAAAAGACUGAUCGGUCGCCGAUUCGAUGACCCAACAGUCCAAGCGGACAUGAAGCACUGGCCAUUCGAAGUAAUAAACGACGCUGGCAAGCCUAAAAUCCAAGUCCAGUACAAAGGUGAAUCAAAGACCUUCUUCCCCGAGGAAGUGAGCUCGAUGGUGUUGGUUAAAAUGAAGGAAACCGCGGAAGCUUACCUCGGCGAGACUGUCACCAACGCAGUUAUCACCGUCCCGGCUUACUUCAACGACUCUCAACGUCAAGCGACCAAGGACGCGGGAAUAAUCUCAGGAAUGAACGUCCUUCGUGUGAUAAACGAGCCAACUGCCGCGGCGAUAGCUUACGGCUUGGACAAGAAAACCUCCGGCGAGCGCAACGUCCUGAUCUUCGACUUGGGCGGCGGAACCUUUGACGUGUCAAUCCUCUCUAUCGAGGACGGUAUCUUCGAGGUAAAGUCCACCGCGGGAGACACUCACCUGGGAGGCGAGGACUUUGACAACCGGAUGGUGAACCACUUUGUCCAGGAGUUCAAACGCAAGUACAAAAAAGAUUUGACUAGCAACAAGCGUGCGCUACGUCGUCUUCGGACCGCUUGCGAGCGCGCAAAGCGAACCCUUUCUUCAUCCAGUCAAGCUAGCAUUGAAAUCGACUCGCUCUUCGAGGGAAUUGACUUUUACACUUCAAUAACUCGCGCUAGGUUCGAGGAACUCUGCGCUGAUUUAUUCCGGAACACUUUGGAGCCUGUCGAGAAAUCCCUGAGGGAUGCCAAGAUCGACAAGUCGACUAUUCAUGAAAUUGUCCUUGUCGGAGGUUCAACCCGAAUUCCAAAGAUCCAGAAGCUGCUCCAGGAUUUGUUCAACGGAAAGGAACUCAACAAGUCCAUCAACCCCGACGAGGCUGUCGCUUACGGUGCUGCUGUCCAAGCUGCUAUUCUUCAUGGUGAUAAAUCAGAAGCUGUUCAGGAUCUUCUUUUGCUGGAUGUUGCGCCGCUGUCACUUGGAAUCGAGACCGCUGGAGGCGUGAUGACUGCUUUGAUAAAGCGCAACACUACCAUUCCGACCAAACAGACCCAGACUUUCACCACCUACGCGGACAACCAACCCGGUGUGCUUAUUCAGGUCUACGAAGGAGAACGUGCCAUGACCAAGGACAACAAUCUUCUUGGAAAGUUUGAACUCUCUGGUAUUCCUCCGGCACCCAGGGGAGUCCCGCAAAUUGAGGUCACCUUUGAUAUCGACGCCAAUGGAAUUCUCAAUGUAUCGGCUGCUGAUAAAAUGUCCGGAAAGGAGAAUAAGAUCACUAUCACCAAUGAUAAGGGAAGACUUAGCAAAGAGGAGAUUGAACGCAUGGUCAAUGAAGCUGAGAAGUACAAAUAUGAGGAUGAGAAACAGAAGGAGACUAUUGCUGCCAAAAAUGGUCUUGAAGCUUACUGCUUUAACAUGAAGAGCACCGUUGAAGAUGAAAAAAUCAAGGGCAAGAUCAGUGAUGAUGAUAAGAAGGUUGUCUUGGAUAAGUGCAAUGAGAUCAUCAAGUGGCUUGAUGGAAAUCAAUUGGCUGAGAAAGAAGAGUUUGAGCAGAAGCAAAAGGAGAUUGAAGCUGUUUGUAAUCCAAUUGUUACUAAAUUGUAUCAAGGAGCCGGUGGUAUGCCUGGUGGUAUGCCCGGUGGUAUGCCUGGUGGUAUGCCCGGUGGUAUGCCUGGUGCCGGAGCAGCACCUGGAGCUGGAGCUGGAGCUGGAGCUGGAGCUGGACCAACCAUUGAAGAAGUUGAUUAAUUGUAGAAAGAUUAUUUUUACUUUAUAUAAAAGAAAUUUGUAUUUAAAGUAAAAUAAACAGAUGACAUCAAUUUAA